UCUUUAUUAACUACUAAGGCUCCAAAAUGAGCUGCUUACGAUCAACCUUAUCAGACGAGUAGAAGAUGGCGCUCUCUCAAUCUCAAAAGGACCGUUCCCUUCACUUCGACCCCUCCAAUUUUAGAGAUGCUCCACCAACGCACUAUACAUUAAAGGUCCAGUCAUUCUCAUUACUUUCAAAGGCUUCAAUUGAGAGAUUCGACUCCGACGUUUUUGAAGUAGGAGGUUACAAAUGGAAGUUGUCUGUGUAUCCAGAUGGGAACAAGAUUGGAAAUGGAAACGAUCAUAUCUCUUUAUACUUGGUACUGGCAGAGACCAGUUCACUUCCUCUGGGUUGGGAGGUGAACGUGAUCUUCAAUUUGUUUCUGUUUGAACAAUUUCAGGACAAAUAUUUGACGUUCCAAGAUAGGAGAGUAAAGCGGUUUCAUGCAAUGAAGACAGAAUGGGGUAUGGCCAAGUUCGUUGACCUCAAAUCCUUCAAGGACCAAAACAAUGGAUACCUUGUGAAUGACUCUUGUGUGUUUGGAGCUGAGGUUUUCGUCCUAAAAAAUGAGGCAAAGCGCGAGUGUUUGUCCAUGUCUGAUGAGGAAGCUGUUAUUUGUACCCACAUCUGGAAGAUUGAAAAAUUUUCAGGGGUGGCAACCAGCGAACGAUUGGAAUCUGAUGCCUUCGCAGCUGGGGAUUACAAAUGGAGGAUUAAGAUAUAUCCAAAAGGAAAUCGUGAUGGUAAAGGCAAUAGUAUUUCUCUGUUUAUAGCGUUGGCUGAUUCUACGACCCUUCCUCCCGACACCAAACUCUACGUAAAAUUGGCUUUGUGUGUGAAGGACCAAGCCAGUGAUGCACAUUAUGAACGCCAAGUAUGCCAUUUGUUCAGUCCCUCAGUGGUGGAUUGGGGUUGGGCCAAGUUCAUGACACUUGGCAAAUUCAGCGACCCAACAAAGUGUUACCUGCGGAACGAUACUUGCAUCAUUGAAGCACGCGUCACUGUUCUUGGAUCUCUUACCAAUAAAUUGCCAGCUACCGGCUACUGUUCCUUACAUUUGCUUGAUGAAAUUUUAACAAUGUUCAAUAUAUUGUUCACUACUACUUAUAUAAAUUAAGCCUUAAUUCCUUUUG